AUGGAUCCGAUCGUUGUUGAAAUUGAUGCUCCAAUGGUUACGCAGCAGUGUGCGGCCCGUAUUGUGCGCACCAUUGUCGAGCUUCUGCUGUACCAUCGAGAACAGAUCCCCUUUACGUAUGGUGCGUUUCGCACCAUGGUUAAAAACUUUAGGACAAACGAAGGCGACGAGUCAACCGAACACGGUAUGCAGAAAAUUCACUUAAGGAAACAACAGAACCAAGCGGAACAAAUGGUGCAAAGUGUAGAUAAUCUAUUUGAGAUGAUUGAUGACUGUUUCGAACAAAAUCCGACGGUGCAAGAAGCGAUGAUUAUUUUUGGAACUACGAUUUUUACUGCCAAGGAGGCGUUCGUCGUUCGGUUGCCUCCGAUUGAUCGGAACCAUCACGGGUACAACCAUCGGCACGCGCUGGAGCAACAUCUCAGGCAAAUUGCCAUGAAACUGACACUGUCCGACGAAGUAAGUGGAAAUCCUCACGUAAAGGUACCAACGAACGUCCACGUUCUAAUGAAGAUCGCCGCCGUCAGUACGUUGAAUACACCCAAUUGCGGUCACUACUCUCCACUGGAUGACUACAAGCUGCCCGUAAAGUGUCCACAGUAUCGCAUAACACUGGCCACCACAGCAAAUAGGCCAAGUUCACCGGUUAGUUGCUGCAAGCAUUUGAAGGUGUUUCAGGAUGCUACGACUCCAUCCGCCAGCGACUAUCCCGAUGUUGUUGCUGCUGAAGAAACGGAUAACUUAAGCUGCUGGCUCCAGCUGAACGAGGUGGUGCGGGGCUUCAAACCGACGCCGGUAAAGGGAUGCUUUAUUUGGACACCGGCGUAGA